CAGGCGUCUAGAGAAGCUCGCUCAAAAACUUUUGCACGAACACCUAAAAGUUCAAUGGUCCAAAAGGACGGCUCUGGUCGAGAGAGAGAGAGAAGAGAGGACCGCUUCAGAGAACUUCAAUCACGAAAGAUCAAAUCACAACCCCCUUAUCGUACGCCUCUUUUCCUUCAGUCCUUUUUAACGUACGCAUGCUCUCAAUAUUUUCCAAAGUACAAUAUAGAAAGAGACGGUAAUAAUAAAAAGACUUCAUGACUUUCAAAGUACAAAAUCCUCCUCCCCUGCCAAAAAAAAAAAACCCUGUUGGGUCUAUCUUUCUCUCUCUGUCUUCUACUUCUUUUGAUUUUAACCUUUUUUCAGUAGCAAGCCAAAAAAAAAAAACAGACAAAGAAGUUCCUUUUAUGAUAAAGGUAUGAUGAUAGCAAACAAAUGAUACCCCCAUGUCUUGUGUGUCUGCUUCAUGCAACAUGUUGGUUUGGAUUUGGUUAAUCUAAAAGUUUAAGAUAAGGUUUUCGGAUUCUCUUCCUGUCUUGUAAUAGUUUCUUGUCGGAGAGCCAUCAACACCAACUUCAACAAAAAAAACAAGAAAAAGAAAAAGAUUCUCUUUCUCGUUUUAUUUCCAUUAGAGAAGAAAAAAAGAAUGGCGAAUCCUUGGUGGGUAGGGAAUGUUGCGAUCGGUGGAGUUGAGAGUCCAGUGACGUCAUCAGCUCCUUCUUUGCACCACAGAAACAGUAACAACAACAACCCACCGACUAUGACUCGUUCGGAUCCAAGAUUGGACCAUGACUUCACCACCAACAACAGUGGAAGCCCUAAUACCCAGACUCAGAGCCAAGAAGAACAGAACAGCAGAGACGAGCAACCAGCUGUUGAACCCGGAUCCGGAUCCGGGUCUACGGGUCGUCGUCCUAGAGGUAGACCUCCUGGUUCCAAGAACAAACCAAAGAGUCCAGUUGUUGUUACCAAAGAAAGCCCUAACUCUCUCCAGAGCCAUGUUCUUGAGAUUGCUACGGGAGCUGACGUGGCGGAAAGCUUAAACGCCUUUGCUCGUAGACGCGGCCGGGGCGUUUCGGUGCUGAGCGGUAGUGGUUUGGUUACUAAUGUUACUCUGCGUCAGCCUGCUGCAUCCGGUGGAGUUGUUAGUUUACGUGGUCAGUUUGAGAUCUUGUCUAUGUGUGGGGCUUUUCUUCCUACGUCUGGCUCUCCUGCUGCAGCCGCUGGUUUAACCAUUUACUUAGCUGGAGCUCAAGGUCAAGUUGUGGGAGGUGGAGUUGCUGGCCCGCUUAUUGCCUCUGGACCCGUUAUUGUGAUAGCUGCUACGUUUUGCAAUGCCACUUAUGAGAGGUUACCGAUUGAGGAAGAACAACAGCAAGAGCAGCCGCUUCAACUAGAAGAUGGGAAGAAGCAGAAAGAAGAGAAUGAUGAUAACGAGAGUGGGAAUAACGGAAACGAAGGAUCGAUGCAGCCGCCGAUGUAUAAUAUGCCUCCUAAUUUUAUCCCAAAUGGUCAUCAAAUGGCUCAACACGACGUGUAUUGGGGUGGUCCUCCGCCUCGUGCUCCUCCUUCGUAUUGAUUAGUUAGAUAGGCGGUGGUUGGUGCGUUCUUUUUACUGGAAUGAUUAUAUUUUCCAUUAGGAUGGUUAGGCUUUUGUUUAUUAAAGCUAUCAAGUUUCUUUUUUUUUUACGGAUAAUUCGGAUGACAAUUAGCUAGUGUUUGUUUGUUUGUUUUGUGGCGGCUUUUCUGACUUGACUAUUUUGAUCGCGGAUAGCUUUGUAUGAAAGUGAAUUGAUUGUAGAAUCGUCUUUUGAAUUUUGAUGUUGGAAAAAACCAAGCAAUGGUGUGUGGCCUUUGCAAUGGAAGC